AUGCGCAGAGAGCCGCCCCGUGGUCCCAAGGCCCUUAUAGAUGCGCCUGUCGGGCCGAGAGGAGGAGGAUUUGCCGGUGACUUUAGAGGCGGAAGAGGACGCGGCAGAGGACGAGGAUGGGGAAGAGAUGACAGCCGUGAUCGAGGAAGAGAUAGAGAUGUCGACUUUCGAGACCGGUAUCGAGACGAGAGAAGCCGAGAACGUGACCGAGAGCGAGAUAGAGAUUGGCGCGACUCGAGAGACUUUAGGUUGCGUAGAUCACCAAUCGCGAGGGCACGAUCACCAACGCGAGAUGCACGAGAUUUUCGGGAUCGUGACCGGGAUAUACCCCCAGGACUAGAUGCAGACAGAUCUCGCCGUGGCUCCCGUGAUGGUGGUCCUCCAUCGGCAGGCUCUUCGUCAUCAGAGCCUCCGUUUGGUGUGCUGCCAUUUCCACGAGGAGGAGGAGGAUUCCGCGGACGAGGAAGGGGUGGAAGAGGAGACUGGCCUAUGGAAAGAGGCCGUGGUCGAGUCCCGUACGACGAUCGCGGCGACCGCUACAUGCGCAGUCGCUCUCAGGAAGGGCGCUGGGCCCGUGAGCGUGACGAUCGCGAGCGAAACGAUAGGCAUCCCGAUGCUGAUGUGCGCCGUGACCUUCAUAUCGACAGGGACCGAGGAGAUCGUGAACUUUUUCGCCCGAAGAUGGCGGCUCAGGAAUCUGCCGCGCAGGCCAAAGACGUCUCACCUCUUCAUGUGACACCAUCAGCCCCGGCAUUCGAAUCUGCGCCAAAUCGGGCUCCGGCUACGGGUACAGGAUCGGGGGCAGGUGGCGAGGCGCAGGCGCAGACGCAGACGCAGACGCAGACGCAGGCCGCCCCUAGCAUAGUCACGGCCAAGCCGCCACCAACGGCCCCACGGGCUUUUGGAGAACGCCCGGUUUCUGCAGGACAAGCUUCUGCAGGACAAGCUUCCGCACCACAAGCCCCGGCAGCCCCUGAGACCCCAUUGCCUCCCACUGGGCCAUCGAAAAUUGCACCUCACGACAGUCCCCCUAUAGGGACACCUGUAGGUCCCCGACUUCAACAACAACCCAAGGUUACCCGCCCAUCUAGCAAACAAUGGAUCAACCCAAGCUUGAAGAAACCGCCACCGGAAUCGCCAAAGGUAGCGAGAUCGCAAAGUUUUGCUCAACAGCCGUCCAUUCCGUUACAACGGGACAUCUCGCAGGUCGAACCCUCCGAACCAAGGCGACCGCGUAGUAGCGAUGCCAAGUCGGAUUCUUACUCCGAGCUAGAUAAACGACUGCGAGCCCACCAUAGCGAAGAGCCGGGCGAGAUAACUACAAGGACUGAAGACGAAAAGCUGAGCGAAGUAGACACAAAAGUCGAAGAUGAGAAGUCUGAGGAAAAGGACUCAGUUGAUUACGAGCCACCUGAAUCAAUGGACCAGGACGAAAAGCCUUUGGAUAACUUGGAGCCGCUUGCUGCCCCUUCUACUUCCCCCAAGCAGGAGUCGUUUCCUAAACAGGACUUACUUUCUAAGCCCCAAGAAAAUGAGACGACCGAGGAUACGAAACCCUCCGUCGAAGUAGCCAUAGAACAAAAACAUAGACGACUCAAAGUUCGCGCUGUUCGAUUUGCUCUGCCUCCAAAGAAAAUCCAGCAAGAGGAACCUCCCGAAUCUGAUGAUGAAGAUAUGGGGGAUUAUUUUGAUAUGGAGAUCAACAAGACUGAGGCUGAACUGGACAAAUUGCAAAGACCAAAGACACCAGUUGAAGUUAUCAGGCGCUUUAUGAGUUUGUCUCAUGGAUCAAUGGUACAGAUCCUCAACGAAGGAGAGGGAUUAUCCGAGAUGGUAGGCGACAUACCAGAGAACCUUAAACCCGUGAGCGAAAAAAUGGAGGUGGAGCCAGCUGUACAAACAGAAGAAACACCUGUUAUUCCCGACGAACCCCAUCCUUCAAAAGAGACCGAGGAGAUCAAUCACAUAAAGGAGUCUGCUAGCGAUCAACUUGGCAAAGAAACAGUCGAGGAAGAUAUACAGAAACCUGAAGUUGUAGCCACACAAGAGGCAGGAGACCUUCAGCCCAAAGCCGAAGAAAUGGACGUCGAUAACGAACCUGUGAUUCCACUCCCUGAGCUCAAAGACGUUCCCGAGCCUGUAGUCGAAACCACGGCAGAUGACUCUAUUAUGAAAGAGGAUAAAGAAGUUGAAGCCGAACCGAUCAACGAAGAGACUCACGAAAAGACUCUGGCGCCUACCGAAGAGGCUGUCAGUCUGGCGAAACCAACCGAAGUAGAACCUAAAGCUCCAAGCACCCCAUCUCAAGUACCAGAUGAGGAUGAUGAGACUGAGACGGAAGAUGAAGCUUAUAUGGAGGCUCAAGCUGUGGCUGCCGCUGAGACAGUCCGUAGAUAUAUGUCGACGCCACCCAUUGAUAGCCUUCCUGAUUUCAACGGUCCAGUCUGGUACCGAGAUAAAGAGUUUCUGGCGACGCUAGACUCGGAUCCCAUUAUCGACGAUUUUGUUGCCGAACAUAUUGCAAAAAUUCACUUCGAUCGAUCCAAUGAGCAACGGCACGCGCAACAGGUUUAUGCAGACAACUACAUGCAGUACUUGAAGUACACUUUGUCAGAUGAUCCUGUGGCGACAAAAAGCCGAGACAAGUUUUCUGUUUCAGCUCCCUCGGAGACUACAGGCACCGUUACGCCCGAACAUAAGCCAGAAGGAAGGGGCACAGGUAGAAGAUUUGCCACAGAGCGCGAUCUUGAGCGUGUGCUUCAGGCGUCCAUGCGGGAAGACGAAGAGAGAAAGGAGCGAGAAUUGCGAAUCCAGCAGGAGAAAUACCGCAGCGAUAAGGAGGCUGUCAUUCCAGAUAUGUACUGGGACGAUCUGGAGAAGCAACAGGUUCAGUACAUUGAUCGGUCAGGAUAUACGCCUCCAGAUAGGCUUGUUUCUGCAUGGCAUAUACUCCCGCCCACUAACAAUUUCACUGAGGAAGAAGCACAGCUCUUUGAGAAGCGUUACCUAGAGCUUCCCAAGCAAUGGGGUAAGAUCGCGGAGGCUCUUCCAAACCGCGACUUCCACUCCUGCAUUCAGUACUACUAUCUGAUGAAGGGAGAGCUCAAUCUCAAAGAGAAGCUGAAGAAACAGCCCAAGAGGCGUAAGAAGGGUGGACGGGGCAAACAGAGGUCCAGUGCUCUGGUUUCGGAGCUCGGCAACGGCGAGCCUGAAGCGGAGGAGACGCCCCAGGAGAAUGGAGAGAAUGGAGAAAGGCGAAGGCCGCGAAGAGCUGCCGCUCCUACGUGGGGCUUCGAGCAACCUACGACGGACGGCGAGAGCACUCCUGCUGCUACUCCUGGACGACGCGGCGCAUCUGCUGCUGCCAAGGGCGACCAGCCAGAAAAGGUAGACGGCAGGAAAAGGAGAAAGCCAAGAGACAAAGACAAGGACAAAGACAAGGACAAGGACAAAGAGAAGGAUGCCAAAGCAUCUAAGCCAAACCAAGUCCUUGCGGCUGCGCCGGGCCCCGGUUCAGGGACGGGGAAGGGAAGAGGCCGAGCCGAAUCCCGCCCAGUGGCCGCAGAAUUUCUCCCAGCUCCUCACCCGCUAUCCGACCCUCAUCGCUUGCCGGUACAAUUCGAGCAACCGCUGCCAGCAGGCAUUCAACCGCCAUUUGUUGUUCCACAGCCGCAACUUAUGGAGAGACCGAAGCCUGCCGUUACUUCUAUUACAGAAGUUAUGGCGGCUCCAUCUCUUCGGCCAGAACCACCCCCACCGCCUCCGUCCUCUAUUGCCACUUUCAACUUACAACAGCCUAUUCCUGAACGAAAGGCACUGUCACAAGCAGCAUCGAGCUAUUGGAGUGUUUCUGAAGCGAAUGACUUCCCACAUCUAUUAAGGGCAUUUGGCACCGAUUGGUCUGCAAUUGCGAAAUACAUGCAAUCGAAAACAACUGUGAUGGUUAAGAACUAUUAUGUGCGGCAGAAAGAUUCAGGGAAACCCGAGUGGGAGGUAAUUGCUCAGGAGGCUGAUGCAAAGCGGGCUAGGGGUGAAAAGAGACCUGAUCCCCCUGUACUCAGUAGUGGUGGUCGUGGUAGGAGAUUCGAAAGCACUGCGCCUGGCACGUCGCGACCUAUUGCGGUUGCUCCUGGAGCAGUCGACCCUCACGUGGAUCUACCGCAGCCCAAAGUUGAGCCUACACCUCCUCAGCCAUUGAGGCAGCAGCAGCAUAUCUCUACUUAUGGUGUGCCAAUUGCCCAGGCUCCAGCUCAAGCUCCUCUUGCGCAGCCUAACCAGACCCCUCUUGCUGUACCGGCUCACCCAGUGCCUCAAGGGACACAACAGGCCAUAUCUCCGAGCGGGCGCUCCAUUCAUCAACAGCUGCCGCAUUUCGGUUUCCCGGAGAGAGAGCGCGAUCCCGCUCAGCCUCAGCGAGUGCCGUUGCCACAGAAGUCAUCUGGUAGCCAGGUUCCGGAGCUUCGAGACCCUCGCCCGUUAUCUGUGGCACAGCCCCUUCAACCAUCGCACCCCGAGGCUAUCGCUGAACGUGAACGCACUGCUCAGCUUGAGCGUAUGAAUGCUGAGAAGCGGUAUAGAGAGCAGCAAAUGCAGCAGCAGCAACAGCAGCAGCAGCAACAACAACAGCUUCACCACCAACAUCAGCAUCAGCAUCACCAGCAGCAGCAGCAGCAGCAGCAGCAACAACAACAGCUCAUUCGAGAAAGAGAAAUGGAAAUAGAGAGGGAGAGGGAGCGAGAUCUCCGACAAGCAGAACAGCAGUCGAUGAGGAUGAAACAAGAACCCGAGGCACCACUUCAGCACCGUUACGAGCCUUAUACCCAUCGCCAGCAGCUCAGUCAUGGCGGAGGCCCCCGAGAGCCUUUUUCAUUAGCAAGGGCGCCAUCUCAAGAGCCCUCUCGUUCUGUUGCUCCUCAACCGUACUCUGCUCCUGUAUCGCAGCAGCCAAUGAGGCCAUUGCUUUCGGAACCUGUAGCAGUACAGUCACCGCCAUUGGCACCUCCGCCUUCUCGACCGACUCAAAAUUCUCAGCCAAGGAUACCUUCAGGGCCUCCGCAUGAGCCUUAUAGUGCGGCUGCGCCACCGCCGAAUGCUGCUUCAAUAUCUCCCCUCACGCCGGUUCGACCACCUGAGCCCCGGAAGUCAAACAUCAUGUCGCUCUUGAAUGAUGAUCCUCCGCCCCCCAAGCGGGUGGCCGAGGUUACAAAAAGUCAUACACCUGCACCGUCCUCGACACCACCAUCUCAGGGUAUCGGCAGGCCGCCGCCACCAGCAUCCGGGCUUCCGCAGGGAGGCCCAGUUCGUCGGGAAACAGACGCGCACUAUUCUCCCUACACACGGACACCAUCCGGUGGAGCAUCAGCCAUGCCAUCUCUCAAGCCUCCUUAUCCCGCAUCGUCGGCUUCUUCGCAGCAUAUGAGUGGGCACCGAAGCAUGCCAUCUGAUUCAGCUGUGGACAUUGAUUACUACCGGUCCCAUGGAUAUCCGCAAAGCCAUCCCGCAAGUGGAACGAACUCUCCCCAAACAUCGCAUCGAUAUCCUCCACCUGCACAGCCGACUCAAGCUCAAUACCAGUCCCAGACAGGCUAUCCUACAUCAUACGGAGGAGCUUCUCAGCCAACGCAUAUCACCUCACCGCCGGCACAGCCAUACGCGGUUCACUCGUCAUCCAGGAGCCGCGAGAUUCUUCCGAGCAGUCGCGAUAACGCUUGGCCAUCAUCCGGUCACCAAGCACAGCCUUCUGAUGUUCGGUCACAAAACAACAGCUGGCCAACUCAACCUCCGAAAGCAUCACAGGCUCCUCCACCACACUCGCAGCAGGCUUGGGGAUCUCAGCACCCAUCAACAAAGCCAGGGACUCCGGGGCCGACAUGGUCAACGGCACCUCCACCACCUCAACAGCAUCUGAGAGAUGAACGCGGACCCCCCUCAAUAUACGGACAAAGUGCUUCUGGCUUGCCACAACAGCACGGAAUGCAAUCCAGGUACCCGCCAGCUACUCGGGAACCGCUACCCUCUGCCCCUCAGCCAUACUCGCGAUAUGCAUCGACACCAGGCCCGCCGCCGCCGCGAGAUCUCCGGGAACCUCCGCCGAGCAGAAGCUACACCCCAAGUGUCUAUGAUACACGAGGGCCGCCACCUGCCCAGUCACAGAUGCAUGGCUAUCCAGCGCCAGACCCAAGAGACAUGCAGCUUCGGGAUGCAAGAGAUCCGAGAGAUCAUAGAGACCCGAGAGAUCAGAGGGAUCCGAGAGAUCCGAGGGACCCUCGUGAUAUAAUGAACAGAGGUAUUCGACCGCACGAGUAUGAUCGGCAGCAAGACAGAUAUGCGCGAUAA